ACCGCGCGGAAGUCUCCCUCUAUCUCUCUCUCUCUCUGCCACGCUGCGCUGUCAAAUCAGCAGCAGGCGAAUCCCCUUUAAACCGCGUAACAAACUGGAUCAUCGAUCCGCCCUUCCUUCACCCGCCAUCCAUCGUCUCCGAGGCAUACUCCCGACCCCCUUCCCGCCGCGAUCCCCCGCUCGCAGCCGCGCGCGCCACGGAACCCGGCGUAAACCCUACCGACUCCAACUCUAUCUCUACUUCUCCACCCCGUCUCGCCGCCCAACGGAGCUACCCCUCACCCAAGCCCUCGCUCUCCAUAUAAGGCACCCCACUUUCCCUCUAUCUCCCUCCACCCACAAGCAAAGCGCACGCGGCCCCCACAACACAAGCCAAGCGAAGCCCUAAAAUCUCGAGCGUAGCGAUUCCAAACCCUAGCGUCUCGCUCUCUCUCACCUCGCUCCUAGUCGAUCGAUCUACGAUCUGGUUUCCUUCCAUGGCGGAUUCCGCUGAUGGUCGCCCGGCCCAGUCACCGCGCCGGCGCCGGGAGGUCGAGGAGGGCGAGGUCGCCUCCGGCUACUACACCGGCUCCGACACCGACACCGACGACGAGGACGCGCGCUACUUCCUCCACUCACUGCCCCUCCACGACCACCGCCAGCACCAGAAGGUCACGGUCGCCCGGCCCGGCCCCGGCCCUGUCGUGGAGGACGUGGUCAGCGCCGGGACAAGAAAAUCAAGAUCAAGAUCGACUACCCGCCGGUCGUCGCCGUCCUCCUCGCUCGGCUCCGACGGGACCAUCAGCGACGACGGCCACGCCGGCGGCGACAUUGCUGCCGUCACCGCGUUAUUCCCGGCCUGCCCCGUCUGCCACAGGCACUUCCACAGCUCCAAGGCCGUCCAUGGGCACAUGAGGGUCCACGCGCAGGCCCAGCCCAAGGAGGAGGCGAAGGCGUCUGCUACGGUCAGCGCCGUGGACGAGGUGGCCGACUCCGUGUCCGUGUCCACGGCCUAUGUCGUCGAGGAGCCCAAGACCCCGGACGACCCGAUGACCCUGGAGGUGGCGACCAGCGAUCAGGUCGUCGCCGGCAGCGGCAGCAGCAGGAGGUCCAGCAGCGUGGAGCCCAGUCAGAGUGCUGCUUUUCUUUCCAUGGCCAUCGUGGUGGCAGAGGCAGCAGCACCCGCCGCUGCACCCAAUCAAGUGGACAUCGCCCCAACGCCUCCUGCACAUCGGCAAGACCCCGUCCCACCGCUGGUCGCACCAGCACCAGAGCCAGCCGCCGUCUACCUCCACCCGCCCACCGCCGCACAGCAGCAUGCUGCCGCCGUCCCACCGCUGGCCUUCCACUCGCCGCUGCACCAGGACCCGGCCGCCCCGCGUGGAUUCUCGUGCAAGGAGUGCAACCGGUGGUUCGAGACGCACCAGGGGCUGGGCGGACACGUCGCCGGCCACAAGAACCGGAGGAUCGCGGCUGCCGCUGCCGCAGCAAUAGCAGCGGGGGUGGACCCCAUAGCAGCGGGCGGGCCUAGGCCGGAGAAGCUCCACACCUGCAAGGUUUGCGGCGAAGUCUACAGCAGCGGCGUCAGGCUAGGGGGGCACAUGAGGAAGCACUACACGGGCAAGCCCAUCGUGCCGAGGAAGCGGGCGCGCCUCCUCUUACCCCCGGACGUCAUCGGGCUCGCGAUCCCCGGGCCGGCGCCUGCCAUGGAAGCACCCGUUGUGGCGCCGGCGGUGCUGCAGCAGCUGCAGGCGCCGGUGGUGCCGCCGGGCUGCCUGAGGCUCUUCGGCGUGACCAUCAUGCAGGAGGUGAAGAAAGAGGAGGAACCCACCGUCGACGAGAAGCAGUGAUCGAUGAUACAGCAAGCAUGCAGAUUGAUAUCGAGUAUAUGAGAGUAUUCUGAUGUGCUAUGAUCUUGAUAUUAACACUACUUAUUAGGCAUCAUACGUAUGUAAAUGUUAUGAGAUUGUUACCAUUAGUAGAUUAAUUAGGUCAGAAACAUCUCAGGAGAAGUCUUAAGUUGUGCAAUAUAUAGUUCGAUCCAUACGUGCCCUGAAUUUGGAUAAAUGUGUUUUGAUUGUACGCUUUUUUCAUCAACUUCUA